AUGGACGCCGAAGGAAGAGUGAAGGCCUACCGCUUCGUCGCCUACUCGGCGGUGACGUUCUCUGUCGUCGCCGUCCUGUCGGUGAGUCUCCAGCCCGGGGAAUUCAGACUCCAACCGAGCUGUUUCAGGUGUGCAUCACCCUGCCGAUGGUGUACAACUACGUCAACAACGUCAAGCGCGCAAUCCACACCGAGAUCCGCUUCUGCAAGGUAGGAUCCCAAAACAUCCACCCACAUUUUGAAGACUUUGUUCUCAGGGAUCCGCCAAGGACAUCUGGAGCGAGGUCAACCACCUCCGCACUCUGCCGGCCGCCAACAGAACCGCUCGUCAAGCCGGUUACGGAGAUGCUGGGGUUUCUGGAGGAGCCGAGUCCGCUGGAGGCUGUGACGGAUGCUGCCUCCCUGGUCCAGCCGGACCUGCAGGAACUCCAGGAAAGCCCGGUCGUCCAGGAAAGCCAGGAGCCGCCGGUCUGCCUGGAAACCCAGGACGUCCACCACAGACGCCUUGCGAGCCAGUGACGCCUCCACCAUGCAAGCCAUGCCCAGCUGGACCACCCUGGACCUCCAGGAGCCCCAGGGAGCUCCAGGAGACGCCGGAAGCGAUGGACAGCCAGGAUCUCCAGGAAACGACGGUGCUCCAGGAGCGCCAGGACCUAAAGGGACCAUCUGGACCGAACGGAAACCCUGGAGCCCCAGGAGCUCCAGGAGCACCAGGACAAGACGCUCCUUCAGAGCCAAUCACUCCAGGUUCGUUAUGUUUUUCAAUAAUUUGAAAUUUUUGUAUUUAAAAAUUUUUUUCUUAUCAUUUUUUUCACUCGAUAACUAACAUCCCUGAUGGAAUUUUUUUGAGCACGUCGCUUUGCAAAAAAAACUUUUUUUAUCUUGCUAGUUUUUCAAAAUUGACGUUUCAGGAGCACCAGGACCAGCUGGACCAGCAGGACCUCAAGGACCACCUGGACAGCCAGGAGCCCCAGGAAGCGACGGUGCUCCAGGCCAACCCGGACCAAAGGGACCAAGCGGAACUCCUGGACAACCUGGUCCAGACGGAAACCCUGGACCUGCCGGAGAAGCCGGUCAAGCAGGAUCUGCUGGAGAGAAGGGAAUCUGCCCCAAGUACUGCGCCAUCGACGGCGGAAUCUUCUUCGAGGACGGCACUCGCCGCUAA